GUUUUUUAAAUAUCAGUAUAUUGUGAUUUAUACUGAUUUUUGUGUUAGAAAAGGGCUAACACCUCCCUCCAUCAGGGUCAUAGGGUACCUGGAGUACAGUGGCUACAUUGGUACUCCUGAAGUAAGCUUACAUAAGCCCUGAUGAAGGCCAUCAGAGUUGGCCUUCCUGAGGUGGAAUUUUAAGGAACAGUCAUGGGAUGGAAAUCUGGUAGUUCUUAUGACAUCACAGCUAUUGCACAGUUACAGUGCAGGUUUAAAUGUUACAACUGAAACAUAUUUAUGACUCCAGCAACAAGCAGAUACACACACAGCUGAACUAGGACAUUUUCAUAGAGCAGUUUCUUUGAAAAAAAGUUCAGAUGAUGGAACAAGGAGAUGGGGCCCAUGCUCAGCCUAAUGAGGAGCAACCACUCUUGGCUGAAGGUGGUAACUGGGGAGAUAUGGACAACGUCUUUGAAAAUGGUGUGGAACAUGUUAUAAUAUUUUUACCACGUGAAGUUGCGAGACUUUGGGAGCCAGAGCAGCUUAACAACAACAAUGAUCACAUCAAUCAGAAUAAUUUCUUCAACAUUCGUUUUGAAAUUGAUGACAGCAACUCUGAUGAUGGACAUGAUGACAAUAAUGCUGAUGAUGAAAAUGACCACAAUUAUUGCAAUUAUAAUAAUGAUGAUCAAAAUGCUGACAGCAGCAACGAUGAAGAGGAACGCAAUGAAGCUCAUCAAGAUGAAAGUGACCUUGCUGCUGCUGAGGUUGACUAUGAAGCCAACCCGGAUGAAGGAGAAGCAGCGGAGGAUCUGCUUCCUGGAGGAUUUAGGAGACAGUUUAGAGAGGAAGACAGUGAUGAUGAGAAAAGUAAUGCAAGCCAACAGUUCCACUGGUGGGAUGAAUUUGCUGACAGCGACUCUGAAGAACAAGACUCCCUACUUGAAGGCAAUAAAGAAAGCGAUGAGGGUGAUGAAGAUGAGAGGUGAAUCCAAAAGUGACAUGCCAACCGUCACUCAGAGUGACUGAAUGGAACCUCUUUAAUAAAAAUGCAUCUUCUACUCAGUUGUCUUUUGAUUAAAUGCGAGCACUGCAACACUCUUGUUUUUAAAAAGAUAUAAAACUGCUUUUGUAAAACCAAAUUACUCUUGCAGAAUAGACGUACCAAGGUAUGGUAGUAUUCUGAUAUUU